GGCGUGGUCCCGGCUGGGCUGUGGCGGCGGCGAGCGCCAGGCAUGAGCGCGGCGGAGGCCGACCGCUGGGCGUGGCUGCUGGUGCUCAGCUUCGUGUUCGGGUGCAAUGUCCUUCGGAUCCUCCUCCCGUCCUUCUCCUCCUUCCUGUCGAGGGCGCUGCAGAAGGACGCCGAGCAGGAGUCGCAGAUGAGGGCGGAGAUCCAGGACAUGAAGCAGGAGCUGUCCACGGUCAACAUGAUGGAUGAGUUUGCUCGGUACGCCCGGCUGGAGAGGAAGAUCAACAAGAUGACAGAUAAACUCAAGACGCACGUGAAAGCACGGACAGCUCAGUUAGCCAAGAUAAAGUGGGUUAUAAGUGUUGCUUUCUACGUUUUGCAAGCGGCCCUGAUGAUCUCGCUCAUCUGGAAGUAUUACUCUGUGCCUGUGGCUGUCGUGCCCAGGAAGUGGAUCACCCCGCUAGACCGCCUGGUGGCUUUCCCUUCCAGAGUCGCAGGUGGUGUUGGGAUCACCUGUUGGAUUUUGGUCUGUAACAAAGUGGUGGCUAUUGUACUUCACCCUCUCAGCUGAGCAAGAUGAACGCAGCAGGCCGGCUUUCCUCCUGCCGGGUUGGAUACCUGAUCCACACUUUCCUUUUUAAGAGACAAAGACGCACAGAUUAGUUUCCUUUGUGACUAUGUUUGUUCUUGGACUUUAUUUGAGAUUCUUAUAAGAAUCCCGAUUUUUCUACAUUUGUCAUUGAGCCAGAGAGGCUGUUUAUGACAUGUGCCAGCCAGCACACACGGUUCCAUUCACGUGAGAAAUGGGAGAUGCUGUGGGCAUCUGCACACUGUUCCUUGUGGGUUGUACUCUUGGCACACUCUGGUUGUCAGAAGUCCUAGCAACCUGAGUACCUUGGAAGACUUAGGGGUAUUUUAAACUCAAUUUAGAAAAUAAUUUAAUAUCUCUACUUGAAAAUUUGGUUUUUAAUCCCAUGUUGUACAACUUAAACAAUGACACUAACUGACAUUGCUUUUCCUCCUUCCGUUUAAAAUGUCACUGGUUGGCCAGGUAUUUGUGUUUUCUUCUUAAAGCUGUUGAUUUUGUUCAUUACACUGUUUUAUAAAUGUAUUCAUGAGACCAUAAUGUGGUGUUUGGUGUUCAGAUUGUGUUUUAUAUUUAAAACGUUUCAAAUGAGGUGUAUUUUAUAAGCAUUUAAUAUUUAUGCUCUGAAGAAUGGUCUGACAGUCACAAAACCUGCUAGGAAGCCUGGUUACCUUAACGUGGGCGCUGUCUGGCUCAAAGUGGGAUUCCGCUAAAUCUACUUUGUAAAACAUUUUUGCAAAUUAAACUCUGCAAGUGCU